GUUGAUGAGUUGCAGAACACGAUAGAGGAAGAACAUAGGAUUUUGGUUGAAGAGAUGAGGAAUGCAGUUGAUGAUCAUAGUAAGAGUGGGCUGGAAGAUGCUACUGGGGGUCUUGAAGCAAUGGCUGUGGAUUAGCGAGUGAUUUACGCCUAGACUCCUUGGCAUACUAAGGACAAGACUUUGGCCGGAUGACAAAUAGCUCCUACCAAUGUCUGUAUUUUACUUGGAAAAUUUCCAAACUUUUAAAGGCAUAUUGUAAAUUUAUGUCACUUUUUAUCAGAUGCCAAAUGUAGAUGUAAGUUCAAGGACCUGGCUACUUGGACCUCUAAUGUGCCUGAGAAUCAGCCUCUACUAAUUUUGAUAUUUCUUUCAGAAUUAUGAUAUCAUGUUGAUUCCAGUCCUAUAAAAUAUCAAUCAUUGAGCCCUCCUCUGUCCCCAACCCCUCCCCCCACCCAAUGCCCAAACUGUUCUCUUUCUUCCUUUUUGUGAUAAAGAUGGUAUUUGAUCAA